GAAGAAACAAAGCCAUAAAACAGAGCAGGGAACUGCUAACGCCAGCAAAGCAAUUAAAAGACGUGGCUAACCUGCGGACAGUUGAAUCGUAGAUCUGAACAGGCUGAUCAACCGUCAUGGCAGAUAAUCUCCUGAGACAACCAGUGGAAGCAGUGUUAGCCAAAGCUGCUAAGCCAGUGGAGGAGGUUGUGGCCCAAACUACCAACCCAGUGGAGGAGGUGUUAGCCCAAACCCCCGAGCCAGUGGAGCUAGUGUUACCCCAAGAGGUGGAGGUGGAGUUGCAGGGGGCACAGGCUAAUGCCAGUUCUGACAGUGACACGUUCAGCUGUGCUAGUGACACUUCAUCUGACACCGAGACGUCGCCAAAGACGACGCCUUCCAGCAGUGUGCCACCAACGUUCGACAUCAUCCAACACAAAGAUUGGCAACUGAAUAAGUCUCUUGCUGAAUGUAUGGGCUACCUGCUGUCGACGGAGCGCUUCACAGAUGUGGCCUUUAUUUUUCCUGCUGAAGAUCCAGACGUCCGCCUACCAGCCCAUAAGGUCAUCUUGGCUGCGCGUAGCCCGUAUAUGGAGGCUUUGUUUUUUGGGCGGUUGGCCACAACGAAAAACGAAGUAGAAAUUCCGGGUUAUUCUUACCAAGCGUUUCACGACUUCAUUAAGUUUCUCUACACCGACGAUAUCAAACUGACUGAGGAGAAUGCAUCAGAACUGUUGAGGAUUUCUCACGAGUACGGGGCACCUCAACUGACAACUGAAUGUGUCCGUUAUUUAUCUGCACAUCUGACCGCCGACAACGUGCUCGAUGUUCUGCAUACCGCUGAUCUCCUGGGCCUGCGAGAGUUGGAGCUUCAGAGCCUGUUGUACGUAGACAAAGAGGCCACUAAUGUCUUGCGAACCGCUGACUUCCCGGACUUGCCCAGCGAUGUCGUGUCAAGGAUUCUCCGGCGCGACACGCUCAAUACUACGGAGAUCUGGGUUUACCUGGCUGCUGUGGAAUGGGCCAAGGCGGAAUGUUUUCGGAACAAUCUCGAGCAAUCCGGACCCAACAAGAGGGAGGCACUCAAGGCAUUUUUCAGUCACAUUCGCUUGACAAACCUCACGACUACCGAGGUUGCUGACGUCGUGGCGAAGGACGAACUACUGACUCAGCCAGAAAUGAUUGACCUGCUCCUGUAUCUUGCGGCAUCAGAAAAGCCCCAAAUCGACAGCUUUCCAAUCAGAGAAGAAAGGCAUUUCCCAAAACGUGUAUCGGUGUGUCAAAGGUACAACGAGGAAUCAACGACACUGAAACCCCUGGAGGAAGAAUUCACGCUGACCGUCAACUCGGAUUGCGCACUGAUGGGACUCAUUCUUUGUAAGUUCCUCACGGAUCGGAAAGAUGAGCUGGCAAUGUUUGACGGAGGACUCACCGUCAUCAACCAUUGCACCGAUGAUGUGAUUUCAGUCCCGUUUAUCCUGACCGCGGAUUCCAAGGACGACCACACCCAGGAUGUGCAGCUAGAAAAGCCGAUCAUCCUGGAAAAAGACAAAGAAUAUCAGAUGAUUUUGUCUGGGAGGGCGGUGUUGACUUCAGAUAGGGCGCUCAACGGCCUGUCGUCUUUCAGCGUGUCCAUGGGAAAGUUCCCAAACAUGAGUGUCCAGAUGGGAUCUUUCAACAUCACACUCACACAGUCUGGCAAGAGGAGCUCGCGCACACCCCUGGUCGGUCUACUGGUGGUGAUGCCUUAGGUACACGCAUUCCCAACACCAUAUCCGUGGAGAUACAACGAUAGUUAACAAUCAUGGUUUAGUCAGGCAUUUUUUAGCUCUUGUGUAUAAACAUGUCUAAUUGGAUUAAACAACAGUGUGCAUAUAUAGUACAACAAACUGUGUCAAUGUCUUAUAAUGAUAUGUUUAAAUUUGCUGGUAUAGAAUACCGUGUUUUUAUUUCUUUUUCAAUUGUGUAUUUAUUUAUUUUUUUGCAGGUUGAUUCCUUCACAACUCCUGUUUUCACAAUCGGGCACCUAUAGCAGUUAGCAAGGCUGCUCGAAGCUUUGUCUUGAACUCUCUCACAGUUCAUGGUCUAGGAUAUGAUAUACUGUAACUGUUUGAAGCCUAAAUUCGACUCAACAAGUUUCCCCACCUAAAGGAUUAAUGUCCAGAUUCACCUACUUGUCCUAAUUAUAAACAUUAUAACCCGUUUAAACAGUAUGUUACCGGGACGGCUUCUGAGAAACAUAAUGAUGACCGAAAUCCACCCAAAACAAUAGAUUUACUGUGCUGGGGGAUCUCCAGUUGGCUCAGCGGGUGAGGUCAUAGAUGGCCAACCUAAAGCUGGCAUAAAUAACCUGGGAAUUCGUAUCAAAGCUAUGUCAUUUUCGAGAUAGAGUCUAUCUACAAAGAAGAAAAUAUACUGUCAAAUCAAUUUGAUCCCAUAGUGGACAACGUUAGAGUUCCGAUUUAUGAGGCUGAUUUCUCUGGCCAGACUUCAGAUUCCGUGUUUUCAGACGUUGAAUUUGAUCUUUCUUCUGUCAUUUCCAACCACACUUCAUCCAGCCGUGUUCAUCAUCAGAUUUAAUAUUUAUUUACUAUUCUCUCUAUUUUACACUCAAUUUAACAAUAUAUACAUGGUUAGCUAACUAUGAAUAAAUAGUAAAUCUGGACAAUAAUCCUUCAAGUAUAACAUUAGAUCUAUGCAAUACGAAAACCUCAGUCCAAAAGAGUCAAGAAACAUAAGUAUUUUUCCUGUAGGGGCACAUAUAUGAACUUCAAGAAAGUUAUGAAUUAACCUGUCCAUAUCAGAUAAUACACAUUCCCGUAAUGUGCCAAAACAUGAACAGUCUGUGUAUGGUCGAAUUUUUUGAUGAUUCAUAGGGUGAUUGUUUGCUAAGCUAGAAACGUAUUUAGAGUAUACCUUUAUCUGCUAUAUAGAGUAUAGCUCAAACUUUCAUGUUUGCAAAGUCAAUGCAAAAUCAAUAAAGGUUUUAUACCCUGCUUGGCAUUUGCCUUUUAAGAA